AUGAAUAUUGUUUACAAUUUUGGUAAUGUUGAAGACCUUGACUGUAUGUCUGUUGAUGUUCAUGGAAGGCCUUCAGAUGAGACUCGUUAUAUGAUGGGAAAAGGACGUGCAAAUGAUGGAUAUUUUAAUCAAUUAUGUAUUGGAGAUACUUUUGAAUCGACAAUAGAAAUAAGAGCAAUUACAACAAUUUUACCUGAUCCUGAUGCUCCAAUAGAACAACGAUGCCAAAUAUACGAACAAAAAGAAAAUAGCCCAAAUUCGGAAUUGGAUUGCCUUAGAAAAUGUAGAAUGGAAUUAAUAAGAAAAUUAUGUAAUUGUACAGCACCUUCACUUUCAAAUUUUGUUUAUGAUCCUAAAGAAUUGAAUAAUUAUCCAUUAUGUGAUUACGGGCUAUGCGAGAUUGGUAAUUCAACAGAAAGUAAAGAGGUUAAGGAAUGGGACAAUAAAUGUGUAGAUCAAUGUGCCCCAGAAUGUACACAAACUAGAUAUGAAUUAACUACUACACAUAAAACAGCUUUACACCCACGUCUUGAAGUUCAGUUAACUUUAAGUUGGGGUGCUUUUGAAUAUCUUCGAUUAAUUCAACAAGAUCGCUGGUCUUUUACUAAAUUUUUAUCUCAAAUUGGUGGGGCUACUGGUGUCUGGUUGGGACUAUCAGCACUUUCUAUUGUUCAAUUCCUAACCUUUUUGUUAACUCGUGCACACAAAAAAGUUUCAAAAAGAAAACAAACGGGUGUUGAUUCUGUUAAUUAUAAUAAUAAUUAUGGAAAUAGACGAACAAGUGAACUUAGUAGUGGAACUGCUCACGAAAUGACAAAUCCUUCAAAUAAUCCUUUGGGCGGGGGUAUUGCUAAAAAUCCUUUUGGAGGGAAACGAAAAUAAAUAAAAAUAAUUAUUAGAGGUGCUCUAUUGUUAUUUUUAA